GGUACAAUGACGCUCUGACAAAGAGAAUCAGCGCUCGAUGUGACGGUGCGGCGCGGGCCGCCAUUUCAAAGCCGAAUAAACGCGCGAGGUUUCACGAUUUAAUUGACGGAUGCUUAUUUUUUUUAGAGUACAGUGCAUAACACUUUAUAUUUUUAAGGCUCGUUGUUUAGAAGAGCUCUCAAUCUCAUAAGAUCAGCUGCUUAUAUCCCAGCAGGCCGUGCGAUGACGGAGGUUCUGGCAUGUUAAGCUCAUCGUGUGGCGUCCAUGUGCUUCCCGAGGCGAGAGGCCAAAGGAAUACCGUCAAACAUUUGACAUUGGCGCUUGAAUCUGGAUUUGGGUCAAAGAUGGAAGCCGAAGCGGAGCAGGUGGAGGAGACGACAGAAGUGAUGGAGGCCACAGAAACACCCUCGCAAGAGGAGCCUUCGUCUGACAACAAGUUCAGGGGUCGUGGGAUGAAGUUUCGUGGCAGAGGUGGCCGGAUGGGCCGUGGGAUUCGUGGUGGACGUGGGAUGAUGAUGAUGAUGAAAGGCUUCAGACCCCCGGGUCACAUGAGAGGAAGAGGCCGCGACGGGUUUACCAAUGGAUUUGGACCCAUGAGGAGAGGCAUGGGAAGGACGUGGCCGUAUCCAGACAUGCGUGGCCGUCGAGGUCGAGGCGGGCCGAUGGGAAUGAACUUGGGUCCGCCACCGCCUCCACCUCAUCACAUGCACAUGAGAGGACCUCCACCACACAUGCACAGGCACGGCCCGCCUCCCCCUCCCCCCCCGCCAGGACACCCGGCCUUCAGAGGACGGCCCCCACAUCCGAGGGGGCGGAGCAUGAUGCCGCCCGGCCCGCCCCGUUUCUUCCACCCCAGAGGUUACCACAACGGAUCGGCCCCUCCUCUGCCCCACCCGCCUCCAGGCAGGGGCCAGCGCUGGCCGGGGCCCCCUGGUGGCCGGAAGUUUUAACGCAACUAAAAUCUGUAGCGUUAAUGUCCACCGCUCAGACUCAUUUCUGUCCGAACAGACUCGCAGGUCCUUUUACUGUAACAAACACGCUACCUUUUUAUUUUUUUUAUAUAUAUAUAUAUGUUACUUUAUUGGAGGAAAUAAUCCCGAAAAACAUUUAAAGGGAUA